CCUCGAGUACGAUAGCAGGUGGGACUACAGCGGCCGCAGCAGCAGCUGCUGCUGCAGUCCGUCUACCGGAGACCACAUAUAAAAAUGUUAACAGUAUUAGCGCAUUUAAUGGCAGUGUGGCCGUUACUAGUUCCAGCAUGGGACUGGGCUCCACAUUUCUACAUGAGACUCCAGCCACAGCCUCCAUAACAAAAUUAUCCACCUCACCGCAUUUGAUGUCACCCACCCACAACGCUUUAUCGGGCACGGGCUAUGGCAACACAAGCAUUGGCACAUCAUCAGUUGGAGGAACAGGCGUAGGAGGCGGUGGCACUUCAGUUAUAUGUAGCAGUGAUAGUGGCAUAUCGUCGAUAAUAUCAUCGACUCCCUCUCUAUCCCAACUGUCCCCACCACCGGUCUCCAAUGCUGUAUCUCUGGCAAUUUUUGCCUCCAGCAUUGUAACCACCUCCAGUAAUUGCACGAUGACCAAUAAUAACGGCAGCAGUAACAGCUGUACUCCGGGUAGUGGUAGCGGCAGUGGAGGAUGCUGCAGUCCUAUUAUAGGUGGCAUAACGGCGAAUCUUACGAAUGGUUUGGCUUCAUCAUCUUGCAUUUAUGGCGCUUCAGCUACUGGCACUGGUAGCGGUAGCCCACUAUUGUAUGCUGAACGCACAUCGCCAGCCUUGAAUAUGAUGGUUGGCUCGGGCAAAACGAAAACAUUGAGCCCCUUACAAAAUUCUUCCAUCGGAGUCUCAAUGGCUUCUUAUACAGUUGGCAGUGGAACGCUAACUUCAAUGGCUGUCUCUACGGCCGUUAAUACGCAGGCACAAACCGGCUCAGGAACGAACUAUUUGAAUACGAUCAAGAUGUUGGGACCUGCUGCAUCGAUCGAUCUGGGCACCUCACCACUGACACAUCGCAACUAUCCAAGUAUUAAGGGUUUUACAUUUCGCCGAAGUUUUGAUGAUAAAAUUAUUGCUGUCUCCACAGCCACAGCCUCUGGGCAUGUAAGCAGUCAAUCGCAAACAUCCUUAGGCGGACCAGCCAUAUCGGCACCCUCGUAUAUUUCUCACUUCCCAGCCACUGCGUCACAUCACCACCACUAUCACCAUCAUUUACAGCAACAAUCCCAACAGACUCCCCACUUUGCCCACUACCAUCCCCAGCAUACCUCACACUUACAUCACAAUCAUCUCCAUCAUGCCACCCACUCGGCCCUACAUCAUCAUUUAGUUAGUGGCGGUGGUUUUCAUGGCAAUUUUAUGGGUAUUUCAUCGUCCGCGGUCAAACAUUCCGUCGCCUCUGCCAACUCAGCUGUUCCCUUUUUGCCUUCGCCUUUAUAUGCACCGCUGACGUCGUCACAGUCGACAACAAAACUAUCGCAUCGCGAUGACUUCCUUCAACAAAUUGGCUAUUUGCCAACAACUCGUAUUUAUAGCACUCCAUCCAGUCUGGUGGAUGAGGAUAAGGCACAGCAGGAUUUUUUGUCAUUAUCCUUGUCGCCCCCAUUAAAUCGUCGUCGUGAUAUGCCUGCAUUGCGUGGACCGUACGUUAGUCUAUCCGAACCUCGUGGUACUUUAAGUACAACGGAUGAAAUUUUCCCCGAUUCACCCGAGAGCAGUUUAUACGGUUCGGACGAAGAACAAGAAGAUGUGGCACAGUACUGUCGUGGUGGUUACCACCCAGUUGUUAUUGGUGAUAUAUUUGAUAAUCGGUUUCGAGUGGUACGCAAACUAGGAUGGGGUCACUUUUCCACCGUCUGGCUAUGCAGGGAUCUCAAAGAGGAAAAGUAUGUAGCUUUAAAAGUGGUAAAGAGUGCUCCUCACUAUAUAGAAACGGCAGCAGAUGAAAUACGAUUGUUGGAGGCAAUACGUGAUGCUGAUCCUUUGGAUGUAAAACGUGAACGUAUUGUACGUUUACUUAAUCAUUUCACUGUGCGCGGUGUUAACGGCGUCCAUACAUGUUUGGUGUUCGAAGCUUUGGGCUGUAGCCUUUACAAAUUGAUCGUUAAAAAUAACUAUCAAGGUUUGGCGGUGGCCCAAGUUCGUAAUAUAAUCAAACAGGUCCUAGAGGGUUUGGACUAUUUGCACAGUAAAUGCAAUAUCAUACACACGGACGUAAAACCGGAAAAUAUUCUUUUGGUGAUAGAUAAUGCAGCAGCAAUGAAUCAACAAAUCGAUGAUGAAAUAACUAGUUUGAGAAUAAAGGGCGUUGAUUUUCCAGAUUCAUACAUAAGUUCCAUAGAAAAACAAACGAAAACACGAGCCAAGUGGCCAUUACAAAACAUCGAAAUGAAUGCAGCUAAUACCACAACCAAUACAGCUAAUAAUUCUGCCUCAUCGACGCCUCUGCCACCGCCUCUAAACAUCGGAGGAGGAGGUGGUGGUGGUGGUUCUAACUUAAGUGGUGACAAAGAAGACACAUCAUCAUUAACCUCAAAAUACUCAAGUCUGAUGGGCGAUAGCAUAGAAGGCAGCAGCACUGGAGGUGGCAACAAUACAACAUCAAACACAACGGGAAAUCUAAAUAAUCGUUAUCGCACCGAAAAGAAAAUCACUGCCAAGUCUAUUGAUGAAGCAGAAGAGAUUGGCAUUGAGACAAAAUUAAAUCAUGAUAAUUUUAAUAAUGACAACAACAAUUUUGAUAAUAAUAAUGCUGCUCCUCAAACGGAUUGUGAAAUGAAUCCUUUAAACACUGUAAAACUUAAUGAUAACUCAACUAUUUCUACUAUCACUUCUACUACAACAAUAAAAACUGAUGAUGAUGUUGAUGAUCACAAACAAUUAAUUGAAACAACAACUCCUUUAUCAUCCCCACCAUCAAAAAUAAUAAUACCAACAACAACAACAUCAAACACGACUUUAACGUCAUCAAAGCCGCCCACUGAAACCACACCAGGUUCAGAUAUAGAACAAACAAAUAAUAAAUUAAAUAAUACCACUACUACAAUUCCUCAGACUCAAUCCUAUACGAAUGCCAUACAGUCGUUAAUCAAUAAUACGAAUGUAAGAGUGAAGAUUGCCGAUUUGGGUAACGCCUGUUACGAGUACCAUCAUUUUACGGAAGAUAUACAAACGAGACAAUAUCGUUCGAUAGAGGUCCUAUUGGGAGCUCCUUAUAACUAUACAGCCGAUAUUUGGAGUACGGCUUGUUUGGCAUUUGAAUUGGCAACGGGAGAUUAUCUAUUUGAUCCACAUGCUGGUGAAACCUAUUCUAGGGAUGAAGAUCAUUUGGCUCAUAUCAUAGAGUUGCUGGGUACAAUACCACCAUCAGUGAUACUGAGGGGAAAACAUGGUCUAAAAUAUUUUACUAGUUAUGGCAGUUUACGGUAUAUAACGAAAUUAAAACCCUGGAGCCUCAUUAAUGUUUUAAUUGAAAAAUACGACUGGGAUCCAGCAGAAGCCAAAAAGUUCUCAGAUUUCUUAUUACCCAUGUUGGAAUAUAAUCCAGUUAUACGGGCCUCAGCUGCUGAAUGCCUAACUCAUCCAUGGCUGGAGGAAAAAGAAGAGUUUGUUUAACUAAAUGGAACAAAACAACAAACAAAAUCAUUUAUAGAACAACAACAAAAAAACAACAACAUAAUUUGAUAGCUUUGAUGAAAUUAGUUUUAAACAAAAAUCUUAAAAUAAUUAUAAUUACAAAUAACAAAUAUUGAAUUAUUAUAUACAUACAUACAAAUACACAUUAUACAUACAUACAUAUUUAUACAUAGUACAUACAUACAUACAACACAUACAUUGUAUGUAAAUCGUAGUAAAAAUAAUAAGAAAAUUAAAUUUAUUACAUACAAUACAUACUUACAUAUGUAUUCAUACAUAUAAUUUUAAUUACGCAUUAAAAGCUUUAAAGCUUUUAUUAAAUGAAUUUAAAUAUUUUGUUUUUUAAUUAAACUUUAAUA